AGGUGGGCAGUCGGCUGGUACUUGAGGCGAUGAUCAGCUGAGCUUACUGAUAGGGAAGAGAUGUUGUAUAACUAAAGCAGUGCCGAUGGUAUGCACCCGGCAGUUUUCCUGACGUUCCUUUAAAUGUUCGCCGCAGCCAGCAGGUGGUGGUACCCUCUGAACCUGAAGUGACUGUUCAAUCCACCAUGCACUGAAAUGCUAGACGUGCGGUGACUGAGUUGAAAACAGCACCUUUAAAUUGGAGAUCAGAAGAGAGUGGACUGUUUUCUGCAGAAAAAACAGGAGUAUGAAAGGAAACCAAGAGAAACGGUCAACUUCAGAGGUAGAAUUUGUAUUCCACUUCAAGGCUGGGAGGCAGGCCUGCAUGCUUAAUGUGCCUCUUGAGUUCCCUCUGCAGCAAAGUGUUGAUGACCUGCAUGGACGUUUAAUGCUUUUGCAUAACUUACCAUGUUUCAUAGAAAAUGACCUGAAGAAUGCUCUUAGAACAUUUAUAGAAGAAGAAAAUAUCAACUACUAUGACAGAGAAGCAGAACAAGCUCUUGCAAGACUCCAGUGUGGAGAUGCAGAUCUGGAUCAGUUAGUGAAUGGCUGGGCAAAAGCCUACACAGAGACUACAUUGGAGCAUGCCAGGCCUGAAGAACCAGACUGGGAUGAAGAUUUUGCUGAUGUCUAUCAUGAGUUGAUCCAUUCACCAGAAACCUCCAGAACACUGCUGAAUUUAGAGCAUAGUUAUUUUGUUAGUGUCUCAGAGCUCAUUGCUGAAAGAGAUAUGGAGCUGAAGAAACUGCGAGAAAGGCAGGAAGCUAAAAUGAAUACAGUAAUGCAGGAAUUGGGAAAAACCUUGACUGAUCAAGAUGUAAAUUCAUUUGCAGCUACACAUUUUGAAUCUCAACAGGCACUAGAAAAUAAGUGGUCGAAUGAGCUCAAGCAGAUCAGAGCUAUCCAAAAGCAAGAGUAUCAGGAAUGGGUGGUAAAGCUGCAUCAAGACUUGAAGAACCCAAACAGCUCCAUCAGAUUUUCAGAUUUUAUUUCGAAUGUUUUUCCUUCCCAAAGUGAUGAGAUAAAACUCCAGCCUAGUCAGCUGACAGAAUCUGCUGAAGGAGAUGAAAGAUAUGAAGAACAAGGAAAGUUGGAAGAAAGUUUUACUAUACAUUUGGGAGCACAACUGAAGACUAUGCAUAACCUUAGAUUACUGAGAACAGAUGUACUUGAUUUCUGCAAACACAAGCGCCAUUAUCGCAGUGGAGUGAAGUUGCACCGCCUACAAACAGCCCUGUCACUAUACUCAACCUCCCUUUGUGGUCUGGUACUAUUGGUGGACAACCGCAUUAAUUCUUACAGUGGCAUCAAGAGAGAUUUUGCAACUGUAUGCCAGGAAUGUACAGAUUUUCACUUUCCUCAGCUCGAGGAGCAACUAGAGAUUGUUCAGCAAGUUGCACUGUAUGCUAGAGCUCAGCGUGGCAGCAAGGUGAAAGGACAGCAGGAUGUGCCAAAUCGAAAUGGAGGAAGUGAGGACAAGUCCAAAGCUGUGGAAAGGAAUCCAGCAAAUAUUUUACCAGGUGAAUUUUACAUUACCCGGCACUCCAACCUUUCUGAAAAGCAUGUGGUCUUUCAUCUUUGUGUUGAUGACAAUGUACGGUCUGGCAACAUUACUGCUCGGGAUCCUGCAAUAAUGGGUCUCCGCAAUAUUCUAAAAGUCUGUUGCACCCAUGACAUCACCACAAUCAGUAUUCCUCUGUUACUGGUUCAUGACAUGUCUGAGGAAAUGACCAUCCCGUGGUGUCUGAAGAGAGCGGAACUUGUAUUUAAAUGUGUUAAAGGUUUCAUGAUGGAAAUGGCAUCUUGGGAUGGUGGAAUCUCACGAACAGUGCAGUUCCUUGUUCCACAGAAUAUUUCAGAAGAAAUGUUUUAUCAGCUCAGCAACAUGCUUCCUCAAAUCUUCCGAUUGUCUUCCCCUUUGACCUUGACAUCCAAGCGUGAUUCUCUGAAGCAGCAGUGAAGAACUGACAGUGUGCCACAUUUGACUGUGAAAUGUUACAGAGCUCUUCCUUCCCUCUCACAUUAGUACAGGGAUUAUGUUCAUAAGCUAGUGACAACCUAGACUUUUUUGCUAAAAGGAGCACUUGACCACUGUUAAUACUCAAUGAGGUUUCGUUGUAAUCAGCAGCAUAUUUCUUUACUGUGAUAUGAGAGAAGGAAUGCAUUUUAAAGAUAUGCAGUGUUUCACAGAAUCUUUUUCAUACAUCCUCAUUGCUUUGCCAUUUCCACUUUGCAGACAUUAGAAACUCAAAUGAGAACUCCCAAAAGAUUCACCUAUGGAACUGAAUUCUAGUGAAAGUAAGCACUUUACUGGAGGAACAGUGAAGGACACAUAGUUUUCAUGAGUAUUUUCCUUUUUUUUCUUCAUGGAGCUAGAGUUGAUGUUGUAGGCUGUAGGUAUGAAGUAUAUGGCUUAUGCUUCUGUGAGUGCAAGAACUUCAGUUCACCACAGGACUUGUCUUAUUGUAGUCCUUUUUCUAGCCCACAGCUGGGAUAUGCUGAAAUUUUUAACAUGCUUUCUAGCAUGACCACAUUUAUGCUAGCUCCAAAUUUGAUCUGGUGCUUGGAGCAUUCACAUGGAAACAAUCUGAUCAUCCACUGAACUUUGAACAUUGGGGAAAAAAGUGUAAUAUAUCAAAAACUCAUUCACUUCUUUGUAGCAGGAAUGGUCAUAUAAGAGUGUUAAAUUUCCGUUUGAUAUGGGACUGCAUGCAUCAGUGUUAUUCGUUAACAAACAUAGAUGCUGUUCAUGGCUCUGGAUCAUGAAAUAAGUAGUUAUAUAUUACUUUAUCUAGUCUUGCUGUUGUGCUUUGCAACAGGAAUCCUUUAAUUGAGCAAUACAAUUGACAAAACUGUCCUUAGCAUAUUUAAUAGCUUUGUCAGUUGUAGCAUUAACUGUUUGUCCCCUGAUAAUACUUAGGCAGCUAAUAUAAAAAUACCAAAUACAGCUUUUUAUAACACAUUUGUAUACAAAGUUUGUCAAAGUAUUUUGCAUUGUGAGGCAGAGGUAGACAACACCUGACACCAGUGCCAGAGUGCAGUGCUUGAUCACAUUUUGUUUGGCACUCCAUUAGGGACCUAUAGAGGGAUGAAUCCUGAUUAGUGAUAUCAUGUAUUUUAUUUUUAUUCAUUUUUUUCUUAAUUUUAUGACAGGAUUUCUUGGAAGCUGAGUGGGAAGACCUGUAUAUCUUCUACCACCUCCUAGUACACAGAUAGGUACAGAUUGGUGGGACACUCAAAAAGUACUAAUUGUGGAUGUAAAGUGAGUUUCUCAGGAUAUUGCAGUGAUUUAGUGCUGAGAUACAUACCUGGCUUUCCACAGCCAUCACUGUUUGCUUGUAGCUGUCAUGGGAAUCAAAUUGUUUGUGAAAGUUUUUAUGUGUAGCCGUCAGUGCUAUAAUUUAUUGAAAUUACAUGUUGUUGUGCACUUUUUCAGGCAGUUAGCUCCGUCACAUUUUGGCUUGACAUGGAAAUAACUGAUUCAUCGUUAUAGCCCACCUCCUGUACUCUUUGGCUAAAAGGUUUGAGGAAGAUUUGAGAAAUCAAUGAAAUUAAUCCAUAAUUUACAA